AUGAACCGCAAGUUGGAGCUUAUGGAACUAGACGAUUGUCCUCGAAGCAAUAACGGAAGCCCGAGUUUGACACUUGACCUGCUAGAUCGCUCGGAUUCGGGUAAUUGUAACAACCAAGCAAAUGACAUUCCUCUUUUAGAGGUGGCUCAUAAUCCAGACUUGAACUACUUGCGAGCAACAGCUGCACAUGAAGAGAGCAGUACGACUAGUAGCAGAUGUGGGAGUUCCUUUGGCGAUGAUGACGAUGAUAAUAAUGGUGAUUUAAAGACAGUGCGUCGGAAGAACGACUCGAACAGCAAGCGUCCGUGGACACGAGAAGAGAACGAAAAACUCAUGCAGUUGGUUAAACAGUACGGGGCCAAGCGCUGGUCACUUAUUGCCAUGCACCUACCAGGUCGCGUUGGUAAGCAAUGUCGAGAGAGAUGGCAUAAUCAUUUGAAUCCGUUAGUUCGCAAGGACGCGUGGACGGCUGAAGAGGAUUACGUUAUUUUUGAAUGCCACAAGAAUGUCGGUAACCAGUGGGCUGAGAUUUCUAAAAUGUUACCGGGCAGAACAGAUAAUGCAAUCAAGAAUAGGUAUUACUCCACCAUGCGCCGUAUGCAGAGACAGUCAAUUCGGAAGAAAGGUCCAUUACGUGAAGGCAAGAGUAUUCGCGUGGCGUCUGUGACGUCAUCUCCAGUGCAAAAUGUUAGUAAUCAGGUGGUAUCUGCACCCAUGCAGCGAUCUCUAAACAGUAUGCAGACUCAAAUGUCACCACAACCGCAGUUCUCACAGCGAGGAGUUAAUUUUCACAAUUCUUUUCAAAAGUUAUUUACAGAGAGUCCGGGAAGUGUUUCACGCACUGACAAUAAUGCAAUGAUGGACUUCGAGCGAGCCAACAUGAUGGCAUCCUCUCUUCGACAACCAACGAUGGUUUAUCCGCUGAAUGGAGGUGGUUAUUCGAAUAAUGGACUUAAUUCGGAUUUUAGUCGUCCUCUGUCCAUGACAUCAUCUCAAUGCUCGGUAUCCUCGGAUGAUAUGAUUCAAAAUAAUCAUAACGAAACUUUCGACUAUGUUCCCAUGCAAGCAUCAAUCCAACGGUUACGGUCGUCGAACCCCGGAAUGUGUUCUCCUCCUUCAACAUCAAUUAAUAUGAUGAAUGCACCGUAUGGCUCGCCUGCAAGCCACAUGCAACAGUCAAACAACUUCAUGAUGGCAGGCAAUCUGUACGCGAAUAACAACAUGCGCGGUUCAAUGUAUUCAGGGAUGUCCAGUUCAGGAUCUGCUCAGCCAUAUCGUCCAGUGGAUGCAUCUAUUGUGAAUCUUUCGCAUAAACGUGUUCUCGAUGUCCAAAGUUCUCAACGGGAACUGUGGAAAAACGACAGCCCUGUAUCCGUGACAGCACCCAUUUUUCGAGGCACGCCAUUACAGCAAAAUCAAGUUAGUGAACCGAUGGCAUUACAGCAGUCUAAACCAGUUACAAUGCCUCUGUAUAGACAAGGUCCGCACAUGGGCAACUUUGGCGGCAUGGAGCAAGUUUGGACGGAUGCGUCUUAUCUAUGA